AUUAGUCAACAAAAGAAAAAUAACAAUCUGUUCUGCCCACAAACAUUCAUUCUCUUACUGUCUUUCAUUUUCCCUUCUUUUUGUCUUCUUCUGUCCAAACUCUUUACUCUUCACCAACUUCCUAUCUGUUCUGUUCUGUUCUUGUUGAGGUGCGUCUUCUGUGCAUCCCCGGCCCGGCAGCAGACGACGCCAGGACUUGCUGAAACCUUCUUUAGUGUGGCGUGGCGGCUUACAACGGGAAUAUGGAGGUGUGCAUGCUUAGUGUGUACAGUUACUAGCAAUGUAUGUAUCGCAAUGUUGUAUAUGCAGUAAAAAAUAUUGUGUGCAGAGAAAAGUAAGCAAAUAUGAAGUAUUACACGUAUAUUUGGUCCUUAAAUAGUGAUGGCCAUGACUGACCGGGAAAGAAGCUCAUUUUGGCGUUAUGGCGUACUGAAAUAUUGUUAGUGUGUAAAUAGAUGGAAAAUUUAAUGUUUCAUAUACCUUGCUACUGAAAGUGCAGUAAACAUAGCGAGUUAUGCUAUAAUGGACAUGUAUCCGGUCCUCAACACAACGUACUCUGGUGAUCCACAGGUUCACGUGGAGGAGAUAUCGAGAUUAAAAUGGUGAACAGAAAAGUCUGACUGAGUGUUUAGCAGUGGAUGAGAAAUUAAUUAAGGAAAUGGUUGGCAUGCCAAGGAAUGUUUGAUGGGCGUGUCCCACAGAAUUAAAUGGAGGUGCUCCUUUGUGAAGGGUCACACCAUAUCACUCCCCGUGAUGUUCUCCUUUGUAAAGGGUCGCACCAUAUCACUCCCCUGCCUCUCACCACUGUCAGUAAGGAAUACAUUUCAGAAUCCUCUGCAUCUGGGGAGGAGCCUGGAGAGGACACUUCCCCAGCCACAGACCAUGCUGGUGUGAGGCAGCAGCCUGAGGUGCUCCUUUGUGAAGGGUCACAGCAUAUCACUCCCCUGCCUCUCACCACUGUUGGGAAGGAAUGCAUUUCAGGUGUCCCCAACCCCUCCCGCCCUGAGUGAACACACCCCCAGACAAAACCUCUAAGGGGGCCAAGGGGAAGGGAGCAGCCCAGGCCCCUUGCAAUGCUGAGAGAGGUGCAGCCAGCAAGGAGGCAAGUGGCUCAUCUGUCAGUUCUAACCAUGAGGAGCUGGUGUGCGCCUACCACGCCCACAGCCACACCAAUGGAGGGCCAACGACACUCAAGUCUGGCCAGUGUGUGGUGACAAGUAGUGAGGUCACCACUGAAUCUGACACACCUGCUGAGCCUGACCUGGUGUCUUUCUGUGCUGCCCUGGGCAACAACUGAGCCCUGUGAGUCCCUGCCUUCUUCAAGCCAG